CAGUCAUCCAGGAAGGGGGAAUACCAGCCUCUGUGGUUCCUUGCCGAGAGAAAACAAAUAGCCUUAGCUGAUACACAGAGUUCGGUGUGUGCCAAGACGUCAUUUGCCAAGUGCCAAGACGUCGUUUCAAAAACUCCGGAGUUUAGGUGAAGUACAGACUUGCUUGUUAAGCGCACAAGGAGACGGUGCGCGUCGACUCAUAGGUUUUUAUUUAGGUGUCAUAGCAUGACUGUACGCGCGGUAGAAGGUAGACGAUUAUUAAUAAUCAACCAGCAAUUUCUUACGCCUCUUAAAAUAGACAUUUGGCUUUCUCCUCAAAGAAAAGGCGAAGCCGGAGAACAUAUUCCUGCAUGAAGUUUUCACCCGGUUCCGACUGAAGAGGGGUCAGAGGUCAUCUUGUUUCCAUGGAGACCAACCAGCCAAUCAGAUGGAGACUGGGGGUGAUGAUGGUGUGUCUCCUCAGGCUCCUGUCUUCAGGAUCAUGUGAUAGAGAUCGUGACUUCAAGAUGUGUGGUACCUGGCGGCACGGCAAGGAACCACUGACCCUGAUCUAUGACCUGAAGAAGGGCUGCGACAACAUCACCAUCUCGGCCAAUCAGAGUUGUCUCUCCGUGCAGGGGCACAUCACAGGCCAAUGUGAAAUCUUUGAGAUGGUGGAGCAGAGCUUGUUUGGGGAGGACACAGCGUUUUGUGUGUACUGGGAGCCCCUAUUGGAUCAGCUGACGCUGGAGAUGGAGCAAAAGAAUCAGACGCUGUGCCCACCUUCUGGUCUCUAUGACACCUGCUGCACCGGCCUAUCACACGGCCCCAACCUUCCCAAGGCCUCAUACGGGAUCUUCGACGCCAUGAUCCACGGUGACCCCAUCGGCAGUCUCACUCAGCCUGCCUACACCUUCCACGGAGAGAAGACCAGCUGUAAGGAGCUUUUGUGUGCGGAGGCCAGACAGGGGUCCAACCACAUCAACAUAAUUGAGGAUGCAACAUUUAGGUCCCGGGUCCUGGGCUACUGGGAGCUGCCGUGUGUUCAGGGCUCUGUACUGGAAAUGAAGGAGGACUUCCAGGGAUCCAGUGUUAACCUGCCCGCUCUGCCAGACUUGUCCAUUGAGAAGAACCCAUCCAUCUAUCUGCCCAGCUGUCUGAAAGACCCUGGCAGCAGCAAGGCCAGGGUUGUCUGCUCCAUCUUCACCAACAGCUCCCUCUUCAAUAACCAGCUCGAAAGAAACAACAUUAGGAUUCUUGAACAUGUGGUGGGCAUCACUGUGGAGAAUGAGGUCAAAAACAACCUGCCGGAGCCAGUGAGAAUCAGUUUUCAUCAUGACGGGAUAUCUGUGAAUCACUCCAGAACAUGUGUUUCAUGGGACACCAGGACAGACAUCUCAGUCCACUGGAGGAGAGAUGGCUGUGAGACGGUUGAGAGCAGCCUAGAGGUCACAACGUGUCACUGCAACCACCUGACAUACUUCACCAUCUUGGUGGAACUGAAGUCGCGGCCGGUGCGCCACCUGCUGUCUCUGACCAUCAUCACAUAUCUGGGCUGCGCUGCCUCAAUGGUCAGCUGUGUGGCUCUCCUCAUCUUUCUGACCAAGCAGAGGAGAGCUAAGGAGACGUCAGCCCCAGUCCACCGGGGUCUGGCCACGUCCCUCUUCUGCCUCAAUCUCUUCUUCUUCUUCACUGGCACACUGGCUAACGUGGGCGGAGCUGAGCUGUGCAAGAUUGUGGGUGCUGCUCUGCACUACAGCCUCCUCGCUUCCUUCUCCUGGAUGGCCCUCGAGGUGUUUCACACUUUCUGGUUGGUCUACAUGGUCUUCAGCCCCUCCCUGAAGACCUAUAUGUGGUAUCUGAUAGGCUUCGGUGUCCCUGCCAUCCCAGUCGUUGUCCUGUUUACCAUGCCAGACAUCUAUGGUGUGAGGGAGGUCAUACCAAUGGAUGACGUCAGCAACCCCUACAUGAUGUGCUGGAUGGUUACAUCUGACUCCGCCCUCAUGGCCCACUACCUCACCAACCUUUUAUUUCUGACACUGGUGGUUCUGUCUGGCCUGCUGAUGCUGGGCCUGGUUAUGAAGAAGAUACAGAACCGGCCUGAGUGGAAGAAGAACCGUGUGGCCUUCCUCAGCAUCUGGGGACUGAGCUGCCUGUUUGGGACCACCUGGGGGCUGGGUUUCCUGGACUUUGGGCCGCUCUCUGACGUCGUCCACUUCUCCUUCUGCAUCCUCAACUCCUUCCAGGGGUUCUUCCUGAUGCUACGGUUUUACGUUCUAAAUAAGAUGAGGAAGCAGUCAGACUGUAGCUCGAGGGGCAGCAGCACUGGAUCCACCAGACAACACAUGCUGCAAGAGAAGACCUGCAGCUGAGAUUGUAUGGACAGCUGGCCUGGACCACCACCCCUUGACAUUUAAAAAAACUCAAGCGUUUCACCUUAUUGCACUGAAAUUAUUGUAAAACAAACUUGAGCUACUGUAUAUUUCUAAACAUGUUCAAAUGAAAGCUUCAGUUUUAUUGAGACCGGGUAUAAGCUUAUUUUCUUGAUGAACAUUGAUUCCAAAUAUAAAGCUAGUUUGUGUUGAAGUAGCACUUUAGUUUUUAGCUUCAUCCUUUCGCUGUUCCGUUCCUUGGAGCGUCGUUGCGAGAACCUUCGUUUGGCACUUUCAAGACUACUUUUUUAGAGAUACUUUUAUGUAGAAAACAAGAUGACGGGUUAAAUGAUUGUUGUCAUUGUGUGCUGUAUACAUCUUUGUACAUAUAAAUGUGUGUAUAUAUUGCUUUAAUUAAUUAUUUCUGUAGCCUAAUAAAAUGAUCAGAAAGAG